CCCGCCGCAGCAACGGCGGCACUUAGCGGCCGCCGGCGUCCGUCAAGCCAAGCCUGUCAUCGACAGUGAUGCCAAAACGUGCUCCGUGCCAGAACGCGAACAGGGACCUCGACUACUAUCUCCCGAUAUUGCACUCGGCAAUACAAGCGGCGGACAAGGUUGACAGAGACAUUCAGGGAGGUUUGCCGACGACGCGACAAAUGCUCGUGCUAUAUAUUCUCUCCUUUCCACCGAAGCACGGUUUCGCAUUGCAUCACACCCAGUACCUCUCGACGAAACGCCGUCGCCAUGGUGCGCUUUAGUGUUGUGGCCAUUCUAGGCCUCGCAGCUGAAAUCCGUGCGUUCCCCAGCGUCAAAUCAACCAAACAGUUCGACAAGCGCCUGCAGUUCACAAGUGACGGGACUUUCCAGUUAUCGGUAUUCGAGGACUUGCAUUACGGCGAGGCCGAAGCCACCACCUGGGGACCAAAGCAGGACGUCGAGAGCACGGCGGUGAUAAACACCAUCCUCGAUAACGAGAGCCCACAACUGGUCAUCCUGAAUGGCGAUCUGAUCACCGGCGAGAACACCUUCCUGUCGAAUGCCACCGAUUACAUCGAUGAGAUUGUUGCUCCCCUUGUCGAGCGCGAGUUGCUGUGGGCUUCUACCUACGGCAACCAUGACAGCGACUACAAUCUGUCGCGCAGCGCCAUUCUGGAGCGAGAGCAGACCUAUUCAAACAGCUUGACCCAAAGCAUGGUGUCCGCGAAGCUCGCGGGCGUAUCGAACUACUACCUGCCCAUUUACCCGUCGGACGCCUCCGCGACGACGCCGGCUUUGAUCAUGUGGUUCUUCGACAGCCGCGGAGGAAACCAUUUCCAGGAAUUGGAGGAUGGAAGCGAAGUACCCCAGCCGUGCUGGGUGGACGAGUCGGUCGUCGAAUGGUUCACGCAGACCAACGCUCAACUCACCGAACAAUACGGCAAAGUAAUCCCCUCGAUCGCAUUCUACCACAUCCCCGUCAACGCAAUGCUUGCCUUCCAGAAUCAGGGAGUCAACGCCCACUACGAACCUGGCAUCAACGCCGACAAGCCUCUGGACCAGCAAGGCCAGGCCAGCGGCCAGGGCGAGGUAUCCGGUACUGUAUUCAGUUACGCCGGCCAGGACAUUCCGUUCAUGGAGGCGAUGUUGAACACCGAGGGUCUCCUAGCGACGUUCAGUGGCCAUGACCACGGCGAUGACUGGUGCUUUAAAUGGGACUCCAAGCUGCCGGGGAUGAACCUCACCGGCAACGGUUUGAACAUGUGUUUCGGGCGCCACACCGGCUACGGCGGGUACGGUUCCUGGACACGGGGAUCUCGCCAGGUCCUGCUCGACGAAACGACCCUGGGGGUGCCGCAGAUCUCGACUUGGAUCCGACUGGAGGAUGGAUCGGUCUCCGGGCACAUCACCUUGAACGCCACGUACGGGGAGAAUUGGUAUCCAUCUGUGGCGACGACUUACACUUAAUGUGAAUGAAUGCAGAGUUUUG